AUGUCCAGUGCCUUCCCUCUCCUCUGCCUUCCCAAAAAUGCACUACAUCAUGUACUUUAUAGCAUUGAUUAUGUUGAUAUAGUCUCAUUCUCUCUCGCAUCCAAUAAAACUAAAGAAGUGGUCAAAUCUCUCAACUUGAAAACCAAUAAUAUCAAUUUGGGACUUGAAAAUAUCAUCAGAAUUCAAAUCGACGCAUUCAAGAACAACACGACGCGCUUAUUGUGGAAUUUCUAUCCGGAAGAUGAUAAUACUAGCAACAAACCAAUUCCAGUUUACAUGCCAGCUCGUGUAAUAGGGAUGCGUGAACCAAACCCUACACAGAACCACGUGAAAUAUCGAAAUCCAGGUCUUAGCAUCCGAGAAUGGUUAGCUCAUUUCCGAUAUAUAUUCUCUUUCCCUGGAAGGUACUCACUUCUCUUUAGUAGAAAUACAUGUAAAUUUGAUUGGAGCUCCCUGAAAGAAACAAUCGGAGGAUCCGAGAUAGGAAUGCUCGUAUUUUACAAUUCCUGUAGUUUGGAAUGCGCACAGACGGUGUUCAGACAAUUCCCAUCUGUCAAACGUUUUUUUGCGUUCAGUCGGCGUCUUGUGAACCCCAGCUUGUAUAGUAACAUUUUGAUUAAAAACUUGGAUAUGUUGGCUCUCGGACACCCUACUUUGUCUUUAAGAAUUGGAUUGGAUGACUUGUUAUUGAUAAAUAGCAAGGAAAUACACAUUCGAUCAUUAACCAUCACUGAUAAAGUGAUCAAUCGCUUUCUGAAAUCUUGGAUGAGAGGAUCGAACCCAAGAAUGGAUUACGUGAGCUUUACUUUUAGUGACGGCCGGUUCCUAGAUAAGGAUGCUAUAUUAAAAGGAACAAAUUAUCACAAAGUACUAUUGAAUAAAGUCAGGCAUUACAAGAGCCAUGAGAGGACCAUAGUGGUCAAAGGUGGAUACGAUAUCCGUCGAACGGACGGAACUGUCGGAACUGUUACAAUUCGACAACGAUUUCAAGAACGAUUUGUUCUAUUUCAUGUAUGGUGCUGA